AUGAUAGCUCUUCUACUUUUUGUACUAACUAGUCUUGGUUUUGUAAUCAAUGCAUCAACCCUUAAUUCUUGUUCGAAUUGUGGAGACUCUGUUGUUCCAUACCCUCUCAGCACAACUGAGAAUUGUGGAGAUAAAAGGUAUCAAAUCUACUGCAAUGAUGAUGAGUUGGAGUUCCUUUCAGCAACAGGAACUUACUAUAAGAUCCUUAGAAUUGACCCAAGUGCUAAUAGGCUUGUCAUUAGCCCACCCCUCAUUUUAAAAAAUACCUGUUAUUCUUCUGAUCUCUCCAUGGGAGGCCUUGUGCUUGAUGAAAACUUGCCUUUCAAUAUAUCUGCACAAAAUACAGUAAUGCUGUUCAAUUGCUCUAACAAUAUCCUUCAGUCUCCACUCAAUUGUACUUCAAAUAGUAUCUGCAGGCAAUUUGAGAAAAAGGUGGAAGAAGGAUCUGGGUGUAUGGGCACCCUUUGUUGUCAUUACUUAAAGGACUCAGCCAUGAAUUCUCAUAGGAUCAGAGUCAAGGUUGGGAGUUGCACUGCCUACACUUGUUUGGUGCGUUUCACUCCUGAUGAUCCUCUUGAAACUUGGAAUUAUGGGAUUGAGAUACAAUGGUCACCUCCCAAUUGA